UUCAGAAUAAUAUGGCUAUAAAUUUUCAAACCUGCUAUACUUUUAUUAUUCAUCUUGAUCAUGUCCGAUGAUAGUAUCAAUAAACGAUCUUCAGGCAAUAAACCAUUCAGAGAAUUUUCAAGAUCAAAUGUCCGAAAAUCAUCAAAAACUUCGUUAACCGAAAUUCGUUUCAACAAUCUUUCGAGACAAAUACGAGCAAAUACGAGAAAACAAUCACAAUCACUGCUUAAACAAUAUGCUGAAAUCCGGGAAGAUGAGAGACAUAUUUCACAACAAAGUGGGAAAUUCUUAUCAUUGUCCGAUGAUUCGUUCAAGACAGCCAAAACUAGCAACAAUCCUAAACAAGUAAUCGAAAUCGAUUCGAAAACACAAGCAGUACUUGAUCGUAAAAAUUAUAGAUUGCUGGAGAAACUAAGCCAAGGUUCAUUUGGUGAAGUGUACAAAGGUGAAUUUAAAAUUGAUCAUCGUUUAGUGGCCAUCAAAAUUUUGGACAUAAGUAAGAUGUCGAUGAAAUUUAAAGAACGUUAUGUUGCACGAGAACUGAAAGCAUUGAUUGAAUGUCGUCAUCUUAACGUAGUGCAAAUUUAUGAUAUAAUCCGUUCGAAUAAUCGUUUGUACAUUUUUAUGGAAUAUUGUAGUAAUGGAACAUUGACCAUGUUUAUAAAAAAAUUCGGUGCCUGUUCAGAAUCAUUAGCACGAAUAUGGUUCCGACAACUAGUCGAUGCUCUCCUUUAUAUUCAUACCGAAUUAAAAAUGGCCCAUCGUGACAUUAAAUUCGACAACGUUCUACUUGAUGAAAAAUUCAAUGUCAAAUUGACAGAUUUCGGCUUCGCCAAAGAAUUGGCAUGGAAUGAUAACAAACAGCAGUUAGAGUUAACGGCCACUAUAUGCGGCACCGAACCAUUCAUGUGUCCACAAUUGGUUCAACGGAGACCAUAUAAUCCUAUGAAAGCUGAUGUCUGGGCAAUGGGAGUUUUGUUAUUUGGUCUUCUCAAUGGCCGAUUUCCUUUUAAUUGGGCGGACCCAAGUUUGAUGUUGAAAGAGCAAACAAAUUAUCCUAAAUUUAUUCGAUCGGUAUCAAAAAAUACAAUUUCUGAAGAAGCCAACGAUUUAAUUGCGAAAAUUCUAGAUCCAGAUGAACAAACACGAAUUACGGUGUUGGAAAUUUCCAAACAUCUAUGGCUAAAAUCGAUAUCGAAUGAUGAUUCUAGAACGCUCAAAACAUUAAUCAGCAAGAUGAAUCCAAUAACAAAAAGUUGAAUAAAAGCUUCUUGAUUUUUUCUUUGUUAAAAAAAAAAAAAACCUAAUCAUGUGAUGACGAAUUAGCUAUUAAUCAUUUCUGAACGAUUCUACAAAAAUAGAGAGUUUUUGUCAGGUAAAAUAAAAUCUGAACAAUUGAUCUGAUGAGAAAAAGCGAGAGAUUAAGAUAUAAUUCAAUUGAAUGUAUUGAAAAACACAUCUGAUUCUCAAAAUUUCAAAUGGAUUCAAUUGUAUAAGAAUAUUGAAAAAACAAUGAAAAACAAAAGACAGGGGUAUGAUUCGGUUUAAUUUAUCAGUGAAUGAUUCAUCAUUGGAUGGCUACAAGACUUGUUUUGUGAAUGAUCAAUUCUGUAGAAUCGGUGAUCACCAUCAUGGAUGAUAUUGUUGAAUAAUCUUUUCGGCUAUGACCAUUUGCAUUUAAACAUGUUAAUAUUGAAUCCAUGUUUUUUUUG